GGGAUUUAUGGGGUCCACUAAUUCUUUGCCUGGCUCUGGCUAUAUUAUUAAGUGUGAGAGCGCCAGCUGACCAAGAAAUUUUGGUUUUCACUGGUGUCUUUGUUAUUGUGUGGUUUGGUGCUGCAAUUGUGACAAUAAAUGCUAAACUCCUUGGUGGUACUGUUUCAUUCUUUCAAAGUGUGUGCAUUCUCGGAUAUUGUAUCUUUCCUUUGGUGCUGAUUGCAUUUAUUGCAGUAUUUGUUGGAAAAAAAGUUUAUAUACGAUUACCUCUGUGUAUUAUUGCGUUCGCCUGGUCGUCUUACGCAUCUGUGAAUUUUCUCUCGUCUUCACACUUGGCGAAUCGUCGGGCUUUGGCCGUAUAUCCAUUAUUCUUGUUCUAUUUUAUCAUCGGUUGGAUGCUGCUAUAA